AUGUCUGCAUGGGCCAAGUUCAGCAGCACAUCCAAUUCCCUCGUACUUGGAGAUGAAACCUAUGUUCUCCAAAGGACAGACAGAAGCGCAAGCUCGCUCUUUCGCUUCGACGACCCGCGCUUUGAGCCAUUGAAGCAAUACGUCUACAAUCCUCUACCGCCAAAGAUGAUUCGUCUCAUGCGCCUCAACUCGGGUGAUCGCGAGGACUCCAUUCAAUGUGAGCUUUUCGAAGCGGCUUACGACAAUUCCUUCCAUAUCCCCACACGUGUGAGUCGCGAGUGGGAUGACUCCGAAUCUCGUGAGCCUGAGCAGCGAAACGAGACAGAUGCCGAACGAGAACUGGAAGAAGUGAAACAGCGGUUGAGUCCGUUAGUGAAGGAAAUGAAGGAAAUGAAGGAAAUAGAAAUGAAGGCAUUAGAUGUUACAUGGUGGAAUACGGCGCGCGUAUGGCAACUGGCAAAUCCUGUAUGGCAAACGGUGGGUGGUACAUGGAAUACGAGAGUGAUAGACAGACCGAGAGCGAUGGAGGAAACGCGAGCAAAGAUGAGACUGAGAGUGAUCGAGGAAGAAGUGGGAUCUCUCAAGAUCACAUUCGAAGGGCUGAAGGGCAGAAUUCUGCGAGAGGAGUUGGAAUCAGUUGAGAGGAUUGAAAUUGAGUACGAAGCAUUGUCAUGGUGUUGGGGUCGGGCUAUCUCUGAUUACGUGGUAUUGGUGACGAAGGGUGACGAGUCCUAUAAGAUGCCAGUGAGGAGAGACCUGGCCCUGGCACUGAAAUACCUUCGCCACCAAGGGAGGCCAAGGAUUCUCUGGAUUGACGCGAUUUGUAUCGACCAGGAGAACGACGUCGAACGAAACCAACAGGUUCAGAUGAUGUCCAGGAUCUACACUCGAGCUGCUAAUGUCUGUAUCUGGCUUGGGCAGCAAGACAACGAGAGUGAGGUUGCAUUCAAGUUCAUCAAGGAAGAAAUCACGCACCUGAAAGACUUUGAUUCAAUCAGCUCAGAUAAGGAUUACGGCAUCAAGUGGCAGGCACUAAUGGUCCUUAUGCAGCGAGAAUGGUUCUCCCGCCGCUGGGUUGUUCAAGAGCUGUCUCUAGCAAACAAAGCUGAGAUAUGGUGCGGGCCUGACUCAAUGCCAUGGAAAGAAUUUGCUGUUGCCGUGGAGCUUUUUGUGGAGGUUGAGAGCGCUACACAUCGGCUAUCGGAAGUAAUUCAGAAGGACGUACAAUUUCGGCACGUACCGGGCUGGUUUGAGUAUGUUUCACAACUUGGAGCCAGCCUUCUGGUACAAGCGACGGGCAAGGUUUUUCGUAGUUAUGGAACACCCAUGGACAGAAACGAAGUGGACGACAAGGACCCUGACACCAAAAUGACCGACGAAGAAAAAGCUACCGAGGAGGCAAAAGCCAAGGAGAAGGCCGCCAAGCAGAAGCAUGACGAGCGGGCUGAGUCGCUCGAUAGCAUACAGACAAUUGAUCCAUUGGAUCGCAGAAGCCUUCUCAGCUUGGAGUAUCUAGUAACGACGAUGUUCAUAUUCAAAGCAAGCGAAUGCAGAGAUUCUGUGUACUCUAUGCUAGCUAUCGCUAGAGACGCAGCACCAUUCGCUUCGGAUACAAUAACAUACGCCAUAGACGAAGUCCCCGGCGCGACGAAUGCGGCGUCAGUCAUCAAGCCUGUCAGGUCGACCAAUGAUGCAGAUUUGCCGUUUCUGCUAUCGCUCUUCCAGGGGUUCCUUGCAGAGAAACCGUUUCUAGUCGACUACACUAGACCAUAUUCAGACGUCUGUCGAGACUUCAUGGAGUUCUGUAUUUGGCGAAAGAACGCACAUGAUCCAGUCCAGGCUCUAGACAUACUAUGUCGUCCAUGGGCGUUGGAGCCCCAGCUCGGCAGUUCGGCUAGAGUGAAGAAAAAGAAAAGAAAGGCACCUGCAGACCGGGCUGAAAAACCAACAAGGCUUACAUGUGAGCGAAGCCCCCAAUGGAAACAGAAAUACAGUGAUUACGAGGAAUACCGAAAAUGGCUCAUUGAGAAGAGCAUAAAGUGGAGUUCGGGAAGAGCAAGAAAGCUUUGCGAAGAUUCACGGAAGCGGAAAGCGCAAGAGAAGAAACAGAACCAAGAUGAUAAAAACCAGAUGGAGCCAAUCAAAGACAUUGCUCUUCCGUCAUGGGUACCUCGUGCUAAGAAUGCACCGUUCGAGAUUUAUCGCCACCCUGGCAUGCAGAUCAAGAAGACAGGACGAGCAAAUGUAGACCCUGUGACCGGGUGGGCACAAGAUGCGCACAGAGACUUCAAGAAGACAGGACGAGCAAAUGCAGACCCUUUGGUUGGGUGGCCGCAAGAUGGGCACAGAAACUACAGCGCCGCACAAACCGAGACUGUGAAGCUUGACUACCUCAGGUUUAAGAAGAGACCUCGCAUGGGACAUUACAGUCUCUAUGUUACGGGGUUCAAAGUGGAUGAGAUUGACGAGGUCAGAGAUGCGUCUCAAGGAGGGAGCAUUCCAAAUUCAUGGCUGGAAUUGAGUGGUUGGGAACCGCCAUACACCCAAGACCCACCCCCUGAGUUUUGGAGAACAAUAGUCGCCGACAGAGGAAUCGAUAACCGUAACCCACCAUACUACUAUGCGAGAGCGUGCAGAGAAUCCGUGGAUAAGGGUGGGCGGGAAAGUGGUCGUGUGAACACCACGGCUUUGAUCAACAACGAACGAAAUUCCAUCAUUGCGGAGUUUUGUCGGCGGGUUCAUGCCGUCAUCUGGGGCCGGUCUCUCUUCAAAACCAAAGAAGAAAAGAAGGACGGAGACAGAGACAAAGAAAGAUUCGAAGAUCAAUAUCAGGCAUUCAAGUCGUGCGUUCAGAGACUGGAGAAAACCCUCGUGUGCAGGAAGAGAUAUCAGAAACAAAAAGAGAAGUACAUGAAACAAGGAGAAGACACCACAGCAGUCUCUAGUUGGGAGCAAGACGUGAAAGACGCCCGAGAGAUAGUCAACAAGGAACUUGCCAAAGAUAAGGAACGAAGGGACAAGGAGCGAGAAGAAGUUAAAGAGCAGCGUGGUAGGAAGGAAACCCCGAAGCAGAGAUUCAAACAAGACGAAGAGACAUUCUAUGUCUUCAAAGGGGAGAGUUAUGUACACGGAUGUAUGGAUGGGGAAGCAGUGCGACGGCGAUUUUACGGGACGGAGGAAGAGUGGAUUUACGAACUACGCUGA